GGAAAAAAACACAAUGCAGUGCGCCAUCUUUGAUCUUUAGCAGUACUACACUUCAGAGGUGUUCUGAGUUUAAAUGGAUCGUGUUAUUGUUACCUUACAGCCGCCUGACAUGGACGUUAAUACUCCUGAACGGUUGAUGAGACCUUCACCUGCUGUCCAACUGACUCAUAUUGUCCACAUGUGUCUCGAAAUCAACUCUUAAUCAAUGCUGAACAUCUGAAAUGGCCGCUUCUCUGCUGGAGCCGUCCUGGACGGUGUAGCAUCACAGACACCAGCCUUGUGUCGUUGCUUCUGCCAACCAAGAUGUGAGAGAGAGUUGCAAGGUUGGAGGAGUCAAAGCUGCCAAAUGACAAAUCCCAGGCCGUGCUUCACAUCUAUGGAGGCCUCACCUCAUGCCAGACACCACAGGACGACCCCAGAGCUCCUGUGUUCCUGCCUAGACGGAUCAGAGCCAAGUCCAGUCCACGCUGGGACCUCCAUGGAUCAGAGAGAUUCUCUCAUGUUCACGACAGGUGGAGGGAUGAGCAGAUAGAACGACAGUGAAGAGAGGGAGGAGAGAGACGAGAGAGAGGGAGGAGGUUCACAGAGAGAGAGAGGAGAACCCAGACACAAUAAGAAGAAAAGGGAGACAAAGAGGAGGAGAGGGCGAGCGAGAGACCAUGCUGAGGAGGAAGAGGAGCGUGUCGUUCGGAGGCUUUGGAUGGAUUGAUAAAUCUACAGUCAGCGCUCUGAGAGCUCGCAAACAGGAGCUCCUGAACAUCUCCAAUGUCCCCGUCACAGACUGCCCCCCCUCGCCCCCCCGCACCGCACCCCCCACCAUGAAGUCGGCUCAUUUCUUUGACAUGAUGGACAAGAUGGAGCAGGUGCCAGAAGCUGCAGAGAUGAAGACGAUCCCUCAGAGACAGAAGGACGACUACAUUCCUUAUCCGAGGAUCGAGGAGGUGUUGGAGAGGGGGGGGCCGUACCCUCAGGUCAUCCUGCCUGAGUUCGGAGGUUACUGGAUCGAGGAUCCUGAGGCUCCUCCGCCUCCUGCACCUCCUCCCGCCUCUCUGGAGACCAAAGAGGAGGGUGAGGAGGGUGAGGAAGAGGGUGGAGUACUGGGAGGAAGAGAGGAAGACGACAGACCCCCAGGGGAUUAUGGGUAUCAGCUGGAGGAGAUUAGUGGCGCUGCACGGGCGUACAGGAAGCACUUUUUGGGCAGGGAACAUUUAAACUUCUCUUGCUCAUCCUGCAAUCUGGGAAACCUUCUGCUGUCUGUGAGGCAUGAAGAAGAGAAGGACCAGGAGACUCUACAUGUCAUCAUCAGGUGUCGGUUGAAAAGCGUCUACCACAGAUUGUCACUGACUGAGCUGCCUGAGAUCCCCAGUGUGCCAGAGCUAGCCAAGCUGCUGUGUGACGAAGCAGCAGGUCUGAGGUUCAGUCCCGUCCUCUACCCGAAGGCGUCUCAGCUGAUAGUAAACUAUGAUGAGCAUGAAGUCAACAACACCUUCAAGUUCGGGGUCAUUUACCAGAGAUUUGGACAGGUGUCCGAGGAGGAGCUGUUCAGGAACAACGAGGAGACGCCGGCCUUCACCGAGUUCCUGCAGCUGCUCGGAGACACGGUGGAGCUGCAGGACUUCAAGGGGUUUCGGGGAGGUCUGGAUGUGUCCCACGGUCAGACGGGUUCUCAGUCCGUCUACACCGUCCACAGACAGCAGGAGAUCAUGUUCCACAUCUCCACCAAGCUGCCCUUCACUGAGGGAGACACGCAGCAGCUCCAGAGGAAACGCCACAUAGGAAAUGACAUCGUGGCGGUGGUGUUCCAGGAAGAGGCCACGCCGUUCGUCCCCGACAUGAUCGCCUCCAACUUCCUGCACGCCUUCAUCCUGGUGCAGGUGGAGGAGCCGUGCUCGGACAACACCUCCUACAAGGUGUCCGUCACAGCACGAGAAGACGUACCUCCGUUUGGCCCGCCCCUCCCACAUCCAGCUGUUUUUAGGAAGGGUCCAGAGUUCAGAGAGUUUCUUCUCACUAAACUCAUCAACGCAGAGCUCGCCUGUUACAAGAGCGACCGCUUCGCCCGCCUGGAGGAACGAACUCGGGCUGCCCUGCUGGACAGCCUCCAUGAUGAGCUGCAGAGACGCUCCCAGUGCAUGCUGGGAUUGACCUCAGGUCUGGAGGAGGAGGGGCGAGCUGAGAACGGACACGCCCACGGAGGUCUGCUGGAGUCCAUCAAGAGGGCGAUGCGAGGGCGGAGCGUCUCCAUGGAGACCAUGUCGCGGGGCGGGGCCGGUCUGCCCACCAGUCUCAGUGGGGGGGGGCUGGCCCACAUCAGCGCUGAGUACAACGUCAAAUCUCCGGUGAAGAGACGCUCAGGGAUCUUUCCUCGUCUGCUGAGUGUCGACAGUCAGACGGAGAGACACAACCCGAGGAGUCUCCUCAGUGAGCAGAGGAGCUUCGACAGCUGCCACCCGACACUGGAGGUGAGGUCAGAGCUGCCGUCCAAUCCCAGCUCUCCAGAGGCGGGACAACGGGACAGGAUCCAGAUGAAGAAGGAGAGCAGUAAGAUCUCCAGGUCGACGUCCAGCACCUGCAGCUUCAGCGUCCCUGCUGACGAAUCACACCUGCUCGCCCAGGCUGUGACGGUCGAAGGUCAGAGUUCAACUCCGCUCAUCGUCUGUCGCAGCCCAACAGAGUUGAAGAAUAAAAACUCUCCCAGGUCGAACCUGAAGUUUCGUUUUGAUAAGCUGAGUCACUCGGCUGCACAGGGCCACUAAACUGUGAGGACGGCAGUGGGAGAUCACAACGACAUCAGCCUCCACACACGGAGGAGGAGGAGGAGCAGGAGGAGCAGGAGGAGGAGGAGGAGGAGGAGGAGGAGGAGGACUUUAAUGUGAACUCGCUGAUGAAGAUAAAAAGGGAGAAACACUUCAACAUUCCUUGACUGCUGCAGAAACAUCUGAGAGAAUCAGACCUGCAGGACUGUGUGCACGCCAACACACACACACACAUGCACACACACACACACACACACACACUGAGGCUGAAGCUUUUACACUGAGGCAGGUUGUUUUAAAAUUAAAGGGCCACUUCACUCAUUUUACAUGUGACAGGUUGUUUACGGGUCGCGUCUCAGUCUGUGAUGAUGUCACAGUGAUGUCAUCAGGGGGCUUGACCUCAGAACUAACACUCAAACAUUAACAUCCCGUGUUGAUGUUUUUUUGUCGUGUGUCAUCGAGGCUGUCAUCGUAUGGAAGGGGGCGUGGCUUCAUCUGAACCGGACACGUGAUGGAGGGUCCGGUGCUGAUCCGGGAUGUGUUCAGGUUGUUCUGCCUGCAGUUUACAUCCUGGUGAUCCACAGUCGUAUUAACAAUCCUCAUUUAUUUGUGGAUCAGCAGCAGAUUUAUGUGGUUAAAGGCUCAUUACGCCAGUUUUCCACAUUAAAGUGUGUUUACAGGUGUUAUAAAUUCUUCUGUGGCUCCAGAAGAAGCUGCACGUCAUCUGACAGACUGCCUCCUGUGAUGUCACUCAGUGGCUCUGUUGCAUUGUGGGUAAUGCAGGCGGUAGGUUUUGAGGAAGAAGAAGAAUGUGUGAUAUCUAGUUCACUUGUUUUGAAACUGUCAGUAAUGACUCCAGAUGAAAAAACAGCUGCCUACAUUACCCACAGUGCAUCUCAGACACUUGUCAGUCAGGAGUGCAGUGAAGGCUUGCCUCCAUGCCGCCUUUGUUUGUUCACACUGAACCAAGCAGCACCGCAGAACCAAGAGUGCUGACAGUAACUACAGGAACUCAGUGAUGGAGGAGACAGAGACAGAUCGUCCACCAGCAGACCGACACACAGACGCCGUCUCGUCUGUUACUUCCUCCGCUGGAGGACCAGAGGCAGGAUGAAUCCGUCCUCGUCUGUAACUAGUGAGGUGGAGUGUCGGAGCGUGAAGCUUCAUCUGGAGCCACAACAGACUUUUUCACACAUGCAGUCCUUCAUCACAACACCUGUAAACACACUGAUAUUAUGAUAGUAUUGUGAUUGGGAAUCAUUUAUUUUGAAUCCACUAACCUGAAAAACCAAAAAAAUUAAUUUAGAAAUGUUCUGCUGUGUAAUCAGCAAAGUAACGAGUAAGUAAAGUUUCUAACUAAAUGUGGUCGGUGGAAGUUUAAAGUAACAGCGCUGCGUUUGAAACAGCUGUUUUACUCAGACAGGAAGUUGAAGUUUGUCUCUGGUCGUGGUUCUGGUGAACUUUAUCCUUCAUGUUGUUCUGAUCCGUCCGACCAUCUGCUGAAUGUUGCGUCUUCAUUACUUUCUCUGCAUUCGUCCCAGAACCCGAACACGUUCAUUAACUCAUCAGUCACAGCUGAGACUCUGACAGCAGUUUGUCUCUUUCAUCACAGCCGAGUGUCGAGCCAGGUUUCAUAUCAGAGAUCAGAAAUAUCAACACAAACACCAAACUGAGUCCAAUAUCAUGUCGACCGGGUCGGACCGGCGCUGUGCUGAGAGUGACGACUGUUCCGCUGCAAGAAGAAGAAGCUUCACUGCCGUUUGAUGCAAAAACCGACAGGACGCAGAUGUUUAUUUUGCACUAAGAUGACACAAAACUCUGUGGAUGUAAAAUACUGACGUCGUUAUUAAAUAUGUAAAGAACUCAAUAUUAAAUCUACUGUCAACGUCUUGAUGCACUGAGAGCACGAAGGUGUUCCUCCUCCACUCGCUCCCACGUCAGCUGUUCGAUUCUGUGGUGACAUUUUUGCACAAUAAGAGUAAAUCAUUUAUUUUGAAAGGGGACGAAGGAGGAAGUAGCAUAAAUACAAAGAUGUCGCUGUUUGUUUUUAAUGUUCUGCAUCAUUCUGUGAUUCUGAAAGUGAUAAAAUUUCUGCAGGACGACACUUUUCUACUUUGUGUCUGUCUGUCUGUGUGUGUGUGUGUGUGUGUGUGUGUCUGUGAGUGUGUGUGUGUGUGUGUGUGUGUGUGUGAUUCCUUUUCCUGAUACAUUUGUUUCUACAUUAAUAAAUUCAAAGCCAGUAAAACAUUUCAAUAAAAUGUUAAAUAAGAUUAA